GCUUUACACCGGACCAUGCCUGCACUUUCAAGGACGUUAUAUUCAUUGACUUUCGCGCUGAUUUCCGGCGUUCUAUCUCCAAUUCUUGCGUCAUCGGGUUUGCCCAACAAGGUCUAUGGUGUAAAUCUUGGCUCAUGGCUCGUACUUGAGUCAUGGAUGCUCCCCGCCGAAUGGCUGGCAAUGGGUGGCGAAUCAUGCAGUGAUUGCUCGACGUGCAUAGCAUCGGAAUUUGCGUUUGCACAGGCGUAUCCCCACACCGUCGACGCGAUUUUCAAUAAGCACUGGUCUACCUGGUUUACGCAAGACGAUGUCAAUAAGCUUGCUUCGCUCGGUAUAAAUACAGUUCGCAUCCCGCUUGGCUAUUGGAUUAUUGAACCGCUUGUGGACCGUGUCACUGAAUUCUAUCCCCGUGGAGGCAUUAAACAGCUCAAACGCGGUUUAAAACAGUUGAAGGCUGCCGGAAUACGAGCAAUUUUAGAUCAUCACGCCCUUCCCGGCGUUCAAACUCCUAAUCAGCAAUUCACUGGAAGAUGUACGAGCGACGUUGAAUUCUAUACCGACAAGAAUUAUCACCGAGCUCUGGUCUGGACCGCGGUUAUGACAGCGUUGAGCCACCUUGACCCUGACUUUGGAAGUGUUUUCUCUAUUGAAGCAGUAAACGAGCCCAUUAUGGACGCCACUCAGACACCCGGUUACGGAGAUUUCCAGAAGAACUUCGUGCAGGCCGUGCGGGCUGUAGAGAAACUCCUUGGCAUCGAAUCCCCGAAUAACAUAUCUAGUGGCGGAAUCGGCGCUCUUGUGUCGAACGCACUGAACGUGACUUCAUCUCUAUUGGGUGGUAGCAGUUAUGGUGGAGCUGUGGGGCAGGCGCUCGUCGACGCCGCGCCCAUGCUUGCAGAGGUUGCUGCAGAAAUUGGUAUUGGCAACCUUCUUAACGGGGGCGGACAUGCGUCGAGAACUCCGCUGAUGACUGCUUUUAUGGAUAUAAAUUGGCAGUUCAACAGCCCACCCAACCCCGCCGACGCAAUUGACGGACCACAAUUCUAUGACAAUCAUCUAUAUUAUUCAUUCGGCGGUGUAGCUGAUCCGAAUGAGAAUGCAUAUCUCACAAGCAUCUGCAACCUGGAACGAGUACAAGCGGAUGCAGCACUGGGAAACUCGCCUCUGGUCUUCGGAGAAUGGUCCUUGGCAACGCAGUUCGACCCAUCAGAUGAAUUUUUGACGAAAUGGGCAGACGCUCAGAAGCGGGCAUAUUCGAUGGGUGCUGGAUGGAUUUUCUGGAGCUUCAAGAUCGAAGAAUCGGAGUUGGCUGGGAACACGUCUCGUACUUGGUCAUAUUUCGACGGUAUUGACAGAGGAUAUUUAACGAAAGAUCCUUCACGGUUGAAUGACAAUCACGUAUGUGAUGGUUUCGUCAAUUCAACGACGUCAAGGAGGAGCGUUGGGAAUCGUCUAGCGAAGGCUCGUUUGCACGCAUAAAUUAGCCUUAAGCGGAUAAUGCGGAUUUAUUUCUUCGUUUCGGGAUAAUCUGGUAAUACUAUGAUGUAGGAAAGCUUCUCGAUGAUUUAAGAUUCUUGUACAAUUGGCUAACUGCAAGAGAUGGCGGCUUAGUGGAAGUCAACAAA